CAUACACCAAUGCCUUUGGGAGUAAUUUUGGGUUAAGUGUCUUGCCCAAGGACACAUCGACAUGGAGAAGCCAAGAAUCAAACCACUGAUCUUCCGAUUGGUGGACGACUGCUCUACCUCCAGACCACAGUCGCACUAAAUAAAGCAAAUGGGGUCAUUGUGAGGGUAAUUUAUUGUCGAUCAGAUCUACUAACAGUUAAAUCUAAUGCCUCAAUGAGGCAAAAGAUAAAAGCACUUUUAAGAUGGAUCUGAACCUGUCUGGGCAUUUUCUUUUGGCCUAAAUAUCACUGUAAUCCAACACAUUUACGAUGUCCCCACAAUGUACUUAUGAUACUAUUAGUGUUAAAUAACAUCCAUAGAUGCUUAGUCCCCGUGAAGGAUGAUAACAUGGUGUGUAUUAAAGUCCCCAUGAAGCUUGUUGUAUUGAAAUGUGUUAAAGCAAACACAGGUUUACUCAUUAGUCUGAAAUAUUACAAUUUGGUGUUUUCUUUUCUCUGAAGUCUGGUGUUUUGGCAUGUACUAAAGUUUAAAGAUCCUUGAACAUGUAUUUUUAUUUACUUGAGUUUUAUAUGGUGGGCACAUUAAGGUCUUAAUUUUUCCAUUGUUUUCUUUAUACAUCAUUGCAGAUGACAUUGUGUGCCCUGGAUAUUCAUCCUACAAAGACGUCCCAUCCUCUUGCCGUGUCUGAGAAACAGAUGGAAGCAGCUUCGUGUCCACAGGACAGUCCUCAACAGAGUCUGGAGGACUUCCAUAAUGAGAAUGAAGAAAUUGUACCAAGACUAAGACGGACAAAAAGCAUUAUGAAUGACAUAUUUCUUGAAGACACAGAACUGUAUGAUACCACAUCAUCAGUCAGUGGAGAUGAAGACGAGUAUGUUCCUGAUACUGACCCGGACACUGACAGUGAUUCUACUAUUGACCUCACUCCAAGAAAAAAAAGACUUCUUCAUUCUCGUCUAAACCUUGGCUCAGAUAUGCCUUUUGAAUGUGACACCACAACACCUGGAUUGGACACCCACUCCGUUGCAUCUGAAUCCUCUGUAGAGGAAGAACCCUGCCUGGAACUUGGUGUAGAGGAAGAACCCUGCUCAAGUCAGCGAACCAAUGAUCUUCUAGUAGUUGGUGCUCACCAAAAUAAAAAUGGCAAGAGAUGCUACGAUAAGAGACACUAUUGCUUGUAUUGCAAAAAGCCAUAUGCCAAAAUGGCAAGACAUUUGGAACAUGCACACAAAAAUAUGGUGGAUGUGGCGAGAGCUUUUAGCUUUCCAAAACAGUCCAAAGAGAGAAAAGAUCAGCUAGAAUAUAUUCGGAACAAAGGCAACUAUGCCCAUAAUGCUACUGUGAUGGAGUCAGGAAAGGGACAACUUGUCCCAUGUAAACGGCCACCAAAAGAAGCGCAGGGAAGUGACUUCAUGCACUGUGCACACUGCCAGGGACUUUUCACACGAAAUGUUCUAUGGAGACAUAUGCGAGUUUGUAGAUUCAAGUCUGGAUCAGUCAACCCAAAACCUGGCAAGAACCGUGUUCAGGCUCUAUGUGCAUACACUGCGCCUGUGCCUUCACAUAUCAGCAAGCAGCUUUGGAAAGUUGUCAGUGCCAUGAAUCCGGGUCCUGUCACAGAAAUAAUUAAGAAUGACCAUGUCAUUAUUGAAUAUGGAGAGCACUUGCUCAAUAAAGGUGGAAUGACAUUAAAAAGUCAACAGUGCAUCCGUGAAAGAAUGCGUGAAUUGGGACGACUGCUGGACAAUGCCAGGAAAAAUACCAGGCUAAGAAAGAUUGAGGAUUUCAUUAAUCCUGCGAAUUAUGUGGAGAUGGUCAAAGCUGUCAAAAGUACUUGUGGCUAUGAGAGCAGUACCAACGCAUUUGUCAUUCCCUCACUGGCAACAAAACUUGGAAAUGCUUUGGUAAAAGUCAGCAAGCUCUUGAAAGCUCAAGGACUCAUUACCGGCAACCAAGAGCUUGUGAAGCGUGCAUCUGAGUUCCAAGAAGUGCACAACGAGAAGUGGAAUGCAUUGGUUUCUGCAACAGCACUAAGGAACAUCGUUGAGGCCAAGUGGAAUGCACCCACUGUGAUGCCCUUUACCGAGGAUGUGCAAAGAAUGCACCAGUUUCUCAGUCAAAAACUAGAUGAAUGUUGCAUCACAUUGUCUGAAAGUCCCUCGACAAAGGCUUGGAUUGACCUUGCAAAAGUUUGUUUAACAGACACCAUCAUGUUUAACAGACGCAGAGAAGGAGAGGUGUCAAGCAUGCCCUUGUCGGCUUUUUUGUCAAGGGACACAUCAGAUCCCCAUGAGGACUUGGACUGGGCACUCUCAGAGGUAGAAAAAAAGCUCUGCAGACAUUUCUCCAGAAUUGUCACCAGAGGAAAGCGAGGCAGACCAGUUCCAAUUCUCCUGACUCCAAAAAUGCUCCAUGCUUUGGAACUCCUCGUUCAGCAAAGAGAUGCCUGCGGGGUUCUUGGUGAUAAUCCUUACUUGUUUGCAAGACCUUCAGCUAUGUCACAUUUCCGUGGCUCAGACUGUAUACGUGGCUUUGCAAAGUCAUCUGGCGCAAAGUGUCCAAAGGCAUUGUCAUCAACCAAACUGCGAAAACACGCUGCAACUCUAUCAACAGUGCUCAACAUGACUGACACCGAGAUGGACCAACUAGCAAACUUUCUUGGUCACGAUAUCAGGAUCCACCGAGAGUUUUAUCGACUCCCUGACAAGACCCUCCAACUGGCAAAGAUCAGUAAAGUUCUGCUGGCACUAGAGAAAGGAAGACUGGCUGAGUUCCAUGGAAAGAACUUGGACGAAAUCACAAUUGACCCAAAUGAAAACGUUAUGGGGAGUGAUGAGGAAGAUUCAUGCGGAGAGGAUGGAAAUCGUUCAUUUCCUGUUGAUGAGGAAACUGUUGCAGAUACUUUGAGGAAUGAAAACUCAACAGACAAGCAACAAAAACUGCCAUCAGCAGAGCACGGAUCAUCUUCUGGAGUCAGUACUGUGGAACAUUCCUCCAAAGAACCGUCAACAGAGGAAACUGUUGCAGAUGCUGUGAGGAAUGAAAACUCAACAGACAAGCAACAACUGCCAUCAGCAGAGCAUGGAUCAUCAUCUGGAGUCAGUACUGUGGGACAUUCCUCCAAAGGUAAAGCUCCACAGAAAAGAGCACGCUGGCAGCCGACAGAGAUUAGGGCAGUAGAGAGGCAAAUGAAUCAGUUCAUCCGAUCUUGUACUGUACCGUCAAAGAGUGAUUGUGAAAAAUGUUUAAGGGCUGAACCUGAAGCUCUCAGGAACAGAGACUGGCAGAACUUGAAAUUUUAUGUGUACAACCGGAUUACAGCCUUAAAAAGGAAAAUGUCUAAGUAGUCUAAUCUAAAUGUCUAGAUUUAACCCUCUUGUUGUCCUCGGAAGAAAGAAGAGGGAAGGAUGGAGGCAAGAAAGACGGAUGGAGGAAAGAAAGUUAAGUAGAGGAAGAAGGAAAGAGGGAGGGAGGACAGAAAGGAGGGAGGAAAGAGAGAUGGAGGGGAAGGUGGAAAGAAGGGAAGGAGGAUAGAGAAAGGAAUGGAGGAGGGAGGAAAGAAGGAAGAAGGAAAGGAUGGAGGAAGGGAGGAAAAAAGGAAUAGUCAAAACACUGGGUAAAUAGUAUGGCAAUUACAAAGAAAAGGGUUGUAGAGAAGUUUUGUUUUUUUCUUUGAUAUGUAGUUUUAUGAUGCCAAUUGUUCAGUUUGGCAGGUAUUUCUUUAAAAGCUUGAUGCUUUAUGGUAUCGCAGAAGUUGUAGAUGUGUACAGUAUAUCACGAAAGUGAAUACACCCCUCACAGUUUUAGCAGAUUUGUGAGUAUAU